AAUUUCUUAUAGUCUUUCCAGUGUUUUAUAAUAAUUCAAGAGAUUUCUCCACAGACAUAGACACAGCAAAUACAAAUUGUAUACUUACAUAGUUUUUAAACAACAUAGUUGCCUUCGUUUCUAUUAUUGAUGCUAAUGACUUUAUACUGGUAGUAAAAUGCUUCUGGCUGUGUCCUGUGGUAGUUUUGCUUUCUUCUGAGAUGGCUGUUGGUGCCAAGGAGCCCAAAGGAACCAGUGAACAGAAGAGGAAGAUUGCAAACCUGUUGAUCUCUGCAUUCAAAUGAAGAGAGGGGAAAAAAGAAUACAACGAUCAUUCCCAAGCACCUACAUCAUUUUUACAAAACUUCCUCAUUUUGUGCAACGCUGAAUUUCUAAAGUGUAUAGAUGUUAAAUAACUGACCCUAGUGACAAGCAUCCACCAAUGCACCCCUACAACCCAUAGCAAGGUCGAGUCGCACCCACCUGCUCGGCGUUUCAUGGCGGGCUGGGAGAGCAGCGGCCUCGGCCGAAACCUCGCUGGAUGUGGGUGCUCAAGCUGCUGGUUGCCUGGAGUGCUGUAGAUGCGGAUGGCCAAGCUGCGUUUAAGUACUGCGGAGUUGUGCGUCAGUGGCUCCUCCAUGGGUUUUUUUGUGGGUGAUAGUUUGGGGUUUUUUCUUUUUUAAAAGAUUACAUCAAAAGUUGGUUCAAGUGCAUCUUCACUGAUAGUGAUCUAGAUACAGUUUCAAACUGACACAGAUGGUGUCCCGUGUCAUCUAGCUGACUAGGAGUUCAGGAUGCUCAGCUUGGCCAUCCCAUCUAAAUCCUUGGCAUCUCCAAAAUGUAGGAUUUAGAACGUAAACUGUGUUGUGUUUUUAAAAAAAGAUGGUUGGAGCAUACAAGCACAUUAUUGAUGUCCAGGAUCCCACCUCCUCAUCUCUGUCACCCUUCUCUCUAACUCCUGUGAGACUGUUUUCUAUUUCCAAUAACUAAGUGCAGGAAAUUCUUACAGCAAAACAGAGAAAAAUCGUUCCUGGGAUUGAUGCGUAUGUGGCUGCGAUCAGAAGACCUGCAGAACUACCGGUAGUUUAGGACAGAAAGGAGGGCAGAGGAAACCCCUAUGAACAUAGCAUUGUGGAAAUGCAGAGUGACACGUACACAUCUCUGUGACAAAGGAUACACCUGGAAGGUAGUCAGAGAUUCAGAGGUGAAUGCACAUCAAGUCACCAGAAAAAUUUCAAGGAACAACAGCUCUGUGUCAAAAUGACCAGUUCUGUUUUCCAUGUGAAAUAAUCUCUGAAAAUAAAAAGCUUGGUGUGCGCAUGAACUCGUCUGAAGUGCCUGAGACUGGCUCAAGGACUAAUGCCCAAGGCUUGGAAUGGGAAGGGACAUUUCCCCUGUGCCAUGUUGUACUCAGGUCCCACCAGCCUCUAACUUCAGGCCUCAGUUGUUGGCUUGAAGCUACAAUAAUGGAGAUUCACAAACGUGCUGCGAGGGAGCCCUGGGCAGCCAAGCAGAGAGGUGCAGCCAUCCCAAGGGGAUUAAUUUCUUCUUGCAUGACCCAUGUUCCCAGGUGCCAAAUAAUGCAAAGCAAAGUGAGUUAUCAGGGGCUGCAGCAUCAGGCAGCAGAUAGAACAGCAGAGUACCGGAGAAGAACCAGAAAAGAACACCUCUGGCAGAUGUUAUUUGAGGUUUUUAUUAUUGUUUGGGGGUAAAUGGAGAGAGAUGUUUCUCUGUGAAGGAUUUUCCUUAGGUACAGAUGGGUCCUUGCAGGCAGAAGGGUGGACAGACAAGCAAUCACAGCCAGUCUUCUGAAGAGCAGGGAACAUCUCUGUGCAGCACCAAUGGCAAUGAGGCCCACUUAUUUGUAACAAGAAAGAAAAACGGCAUUCUUACAGCUUGGCUCUUCCACGAAACAUGAUUUAACCACUGUCAGUGCUUUUGCAUAGAUUUUUGGAAGAUUUGACUUCAUAUUCUACUGAGAAUAGCGGUUUGCCUGGUUAUUCCAUUCCGGGGCAUGCUGAUGUCUCUUGGUAUGUACAUGCUCUACACAUCCUUUCCAAUCUGAACACAGCUGUGAUAAGCUGCUGAGCUGAUAAGGUUGCAUAUAGGCAUCAGUCCUAUAAAACCUGACUCAAGAGGAAGGUCAGCUUUCCACCACAUAAUUCAUUUAGUGAAGUUUUGCUGACACAGAUUGCUCUGUAGGCUUCCUAAAACGGAAUUUGUAGCCAUUGCCUCAACACCUAUCGCUGGAAAAAGCAAAUAAACCUCAGAGUGUGGAGACCUGAAUCUGACCCAAGACAGAACUGGGGCUCGUCUACUUUUUCCAAGUAUAGGAGCUGGUAUUUUUAUCUGUGAACUUUGUUUUCCGAUGGCCUUGCGCUGGUGUGGUUGUAACAAGUGAGUGAACAGCAGUGCUCUUACAGCAAACUGAUAACCUGACUGCUUCCUCCCCGAAACCUGAGUGACACUCAGGAUGUAGAUGAGUAAAAUGUCAAAUGCCAUGUCACAGGUCCUUGGCCAGGGGACAGGGCUGACACUGCACCCUGGAAACGCUGCACAAGGCCGCCCGCUCUUUCCAUGGUGGGGGGCAGCCCCCAGGGUGAGAUCUGAAAAAGCCGGGGAUUUAUUCCCAGCCUGAGGAGCUCGGUGCUGUCCCAGGCUCGCUCCGCAGCCUUGAGUGCAGAGCCUGGUCCCCAGGGCACCCGUGCUGGUCCCCAAGGCAUCCGCGUCCCUGCCAUCUCCUAGCGACGGGGACGCUGCCACAGAGCCAGGGAAUUCCCUGCUGGCCUGGGUUUGAAUGGCAGGAUGUGGCCGCCUCAGCUUCUCUGCUGCUUUUCAGGAGCACCUGGGGCGCCUGGGACUGCGGGACUUCCCCUGUGGCUUUGGCAGCUGGAACAAGUCUCGCUUUGAUGCACGCACAAGGCGCCACGGAGGCCGGCUGGGGCGGGGGACACAGCCCGGAGGGCAGGAGGAGGCCGUGCCGCUGGGCGAGGAGAGCCCCGAGGCGCUGGUGGGGCUGCUGAGGGACCCGCGCAGCCCCUGGGCUCUGCCACCAGACUGCAGCCCCCAGGAGCAGCACCUGCGGGAAACAGCCGUGCUGACACCUCAGCUCGUCUGCGGCUCCAAUAUCUUCCAGAUCUUCAGGUCCCUGCGGAUCACUGGCAAAGGAGUGGAGGAGGUGGACGAGGGUCUGUUGCAGUUACAGCAGUUGGAGGAGCUCAUCCUCAGCGCCAACCAGAUCAGCAGGAUCACCUCAGCCAACCUGCCUCGGACACUGAAGGUCCUGGAGCUCUGCGGCAACGCUGUGGCUGAUCUGCAGGGCCUGUGCGCUCAGCCUCCUCCGGACCUGCAGCACCUGGGGCUGGGAUACAACCGGCUGUGCAGCCCUUCGCAGGACAAGUACCUCACUGCGCACUUCUGGCCAAAUCUUGUCUCCCUUGACCUGAGCUUUAACAACCUCACGGAUCUGCUGGGACUCGUCUCCCAACUGUCCAGUCUGCAGAAGCUCCGCAUCCUGCUGCUCCAAGGGAACCCACUGGCUCUCAUUCCCACGUACAGAGGCUUCCUCGUGGACAGCCUGCCCAAGCUCUCCAUCCUCGAUGACAUCUACAUAUGGCCUGAUGAGAGGCACCGGUUCCAUGGUUUGGCAAGGCAGCCAGAGCUGAUCCGGAGCGAAGUACGAGUGGUUGUGAGCAUUGGGGAAAUCAAGGGAGUCCCUGAUCCCAGCACCCAUCAGCAGCUGGAGGUCAGCUCCGAGUUUCCGGUGACCACCUACAGCUACUGUGUGACGUACGAGUUUGCAGAGGGAGAGGAGAUCGAGGACAGCAGCAGCACUGAGGUAACAAAAAUCCAUCCGAGUCCCGUGGUGGCCACCCUGGACGUGGACAGCUCUGCUCAGGACACAGGAGAAACAAAGGGCCAGCAGGAGCCUGCAGCCAUGGAGGAGCCCAAGGCCCACUCUGCAAAGGUGUUUGUCACCCCUGGAAAGCCCUGGGCAGACACCAUAGACUGCAGCUACAGGAAGGAACACACUGCCAAGGACUUAGUAGGGCUGAAGUCCUACCUGACAGCUGGAACAAUCGUCUCAGUCGUGGAGGAGAAGGUGCUUUCAUGGCCUGUCGAUGCUGAUCCAGAGGAACCUGAAGUCCCGAAGGGGAAGGCAAGACAGGGGACGCAGAAGAACGGUGCCAAGGGUCCUGUGCCCAAGGACAAGCAGAAAAAGAAGAAGAAGGAGACACCACGUGAACUCCGCAGUGAUCCUCCCAUUCGGAGGACCCUGGGCACCAGGAAGGUGACCCUGGAGGCCUUGCUGGCCACCAAGGACCUGGUGACAACUGUGUGUGACUUUGGGAUCCUGAUCACCAAGCAGCCACUGCAGCCACCCGAUCCGGAGGAGAAGGACAAGAAAAAAGGCAAAGACAAGGGCAAAAAAACGAAAGCAGAGAAAGAAAGUCAGGCCAGGCGGAAAACCACGGCGUCUGCCAAAGGAAAAGGAAAAAAGAAAGACUCCUCUGAACUGGAGGAAGGUCAAGUGCUCCAGCCGGUGCCGCUGACAGUUCAAUUCCAGAUGCAGCUGCUUCGGUGGCCCUGGGCAGCUGACACCCAGAGCCAGGAGAGCGCGGCCAGGGCCGGGGGGAAGGCUCCGUGA